AUGGGUUAUGACAAAAAUCAAGCCAUGCGCAUCAGGUUCAGGGAUAAAGAUCAUUCAGAAGAGACCCCAGAAGGCUAUGUCAUCAGGAAGAUGGAGGCUCUUACUAUUGUCAGUGACUGGACUGACUCUGAAUUAAUCUUUGAAAUCAUGAAUGGUGCUCCUAAGUCCUGGACCACACAUAUAGACACCUCAAGAAUAGUCACUUGGGAGGACUUCCUUGACAAGAUUGCAUGGCAUGAGGAGGACCUUUUGGGAAAGGAUUCUUCUCAUAACUCUGACAUGCAGCAUCAGCUACAUCAGAUGCAAUCCACUCUCAAGAGACUAGAAGGAAACAGGCACUCUGGGUCAAGUGCACACUCACACUUAGCAGGAUCUAAACCAGUAGGAUGGCAUCAAAAUAAUCCUCCACCAAAAUACCCUAAGGAUGAUUCUACAGUAUCUAAAGGUAAAACUCCUAAAGACAAGAAAGCUAGACCUUGUAGACACUGUGGUAGUAUGAUGCACUGGGAUAGAGACUAUAAGCAUGCCAAGAAGAACUCCAGAUUUGUGCAAUCACAUAUGGCACAGGCAGAUGAUGAUGAAUGGGAAGCCCAGGAAGCUUAUGAAGAUCUCUGUGAUGAAGCCUACUUGAUGAAACAGAAUAUGACACUGAAGAAGAAGACUGUCUCUACCUCCAGUGCUAAGCCCAGCUCUGGAUCUCAGGAGGAACAGCAUGGUCUGGAGGGGACCACUGGCAGUAAGGAAUCUGAUUCAUCUGUGUUUUCUGGAUAUGUACAACCCAAGCUCCCCACUAGGAAGAGCCUUAAUAAGAAACUGAAGAUGGCUAGUAGUCAUACAGCUAUAGCCAAGAAUAGAGAGGAAAUCACUCUCAAGCAAUUAAUGUCAAGACCACCAGGAACUGCUUUCUUUGGAUCCAAAGCCACUAUCAUCAAAGGUUGGCUUCAGACAAGUAAUGGACCUAAGAAGUGCAUCACCUUGGACUCAGGCUCAGAGAUCACUCUCAUUAAAGAGUCAAUACUUAAAACUCUAGAUCCACCACCUAGAGUAUGCAUUGGACAAAAACUCAAGUUAAUUCAAGUUACUGGGAAUAGUAGCUUAUCACAGUAUAUUUCCCUUCCUAUCAUCUUUGAUACUGAACAAGGAUUAGUUAAAAUGACUGUAGAAGCCUAUAUAGUUCCCAACAUGAACACACCUUUUAUCUUAGGAACAGACUUUGCAUCUCAGUAUCAACUGUCAUUAGUUAGGAAUGGAGAUGGAACAAGGAUAGUUUUUGGGAAUACAGGAUGCUCUAUUCCUGUAGAAGAAUCAGAUUCCAGCCCAAGAAUUGAUCAACAAGGUAAUACCUUUAUGGUUGAAGUUGUGCAAGGAUUCAUCAAGAAUUCUGAGAAAAUCAAGAUCUCUAAGAAAGCCUACAAGCAGCAACUCCAACAUAGGAAAUUACCUCCCAAUACUGUUAAAGUAAAAGUCUAUGAGACAGUUACUAUCCCAGUGCAUACUAUCAAGCUCAUCAAAGUCAAGACAAUAUGGAAGGAAGGUCAAGCCUCUGGCUGUCUUAUAGAUAGGAACAAUCCCAAGAUUCAGGUUGCUAACCUAUCAGAACAUCCUUUAAGAUUGCAAGGAGGAGAGAUUCUUGGAUAUAUGCAUGAUCCUAACAAAUACCUUGCAAAGGAAAAGGACAUUACUAAGGAAGAAAAAGACAGCAUUAUCAAGUAUGCUACCUUAGUACAAGCCAUGGUGCAGAGGAAAGCUGAAGAAAAGCCUACUGCGCAAGAAGAGGACUUAAUGAGAUCACCUGAAGGAGGACCCAAGACUGCUGAGGUACCUGACCCAGAACCCAUCUCUUCAGAUAGAUUCCUUCAAGAGGUUAAUUUCUCAGAACAUCUCACCCCUAAUCAAAGGGCUAAACUAGAAAAGGUCUUGCACAAGCAUGAGUUAGCCUUUGGAUUAGAUGGUAGACUUGGUACUCAUAACACCCAACUGGAGAUUAGACUAAGGCCAGGAACCAAAGAAAUAUCUCUAACCACUUACCAUGCUUCUCCAGCUAAAGGAGAAGUUAUUGACAAGCAGACUGAGGAAUGGCUUAAACUUGGAGUCAUUGAGCCAUCCCAGAGUGCUUGGGGAUUCCCUGUUAUAGUAGUCUAUUGCAACAUUAAACCCAAAUUAUGUGUGGAUUACAGAUGUCUCAAUGAAGUAGCUGUACCAGAUGAGUAUCCCUUACCAAAACAAACUGACAUCCUGCAUGCCUUGGAAGGAUCUCAAUGGCUUACUACCUUAGAUGCACUAGCUGGACUCACUCAGCUGACCAUCAAGGAAGAAGACAGAGAGAAACUUGCUUUCAGAUGUCACAACAGUCACUGGCAACCUACAAAACUACUUGUCCUGGACACGGUCACAUGA